AUGGUGGCUGGCGUCGGUAAGGGCAAGAAGAACGCCUUCGUCGCCCUCCUCGGGCGCGCCGUGCGCGCGGAGGACGACUUCGCCCGCGCGCUCGUCGAGAGUUCGAGAGACUACGCGUCGUGGGCGAAACUGGCGCGCGCGCGCGGACGACGCGAGGGCGACGCGCACGCCGACGCGCUGCGAUUGCUGGACAGCAAAGGACACCUGUUGAACGUGCUCGACCGCGCGUGCGAGGUCGAGGACGGCGACGACGGUGCGAAGGAUGAGGUCGAACGCGCGCGACGCGUGCGCGAGGCGUGGACGAAGACAAAGGCGACGCAACGCGCCAAGUUUGAGAAGAGCGGAGGGGCGGAGGGCGUCGCCGAGGCGCGAUUGCGAAAGCGCGAGGCGAAGGAGAGGAUAAAUGCGAGUCGGAAAGAGCGCGAGGCGAGGGAGGCGAGGGAUAAGGAACGGAAAGAGGCGAGAUUGGAGUACGCGACCAAGGUGCACGAGGCGCGAAGCGCGGGCGCGUGCUUGGAUUGGUUAAACAUGGGACGGUGUCGGUUCGGGGAGGAGUGUCAGUUCGAGCACGACGCGAUGUCGAGGGGUAAUUUGAAAGAUCUCGCCGUCAAGGUCGGAGCGGAGACCGGGGACGUGAAGAGGGAGCGAAAUCAGACUGAAAAGGCGGAACGCAAGGCGCGCGCCAAGGCGAUGCGAGAAGCCGGCGGCGGCGACGACGAAGACACGCUCGGCGGACGAUUCUCCUCGAGCGAAGACGAAAGCGAUGACGACGAAGGUGAUGUUCCCGGUUUCUUGAAAAUUGAGCGCGCGCGGCGCGCGGCGGAGGCGUUGUUGGCGACGAACAAGACGAGUAGCUCUAAAACAAACAAGGACGCGGGCAAGAGCGCGACGAAAAAGGCCAAGCACUUCAACGAAAAGCAGCUCGAGAGGAAGCAGAAGUUCUUAAAAGAAGGGAAGAAUCAACCUUUCGUGAAAAAAGGCAUGAAGAAACGCCCGCAACCGACCGAGAGCGCGCAGAAGAACAAGAAGAAAAAACCGAGACGCGCCGAUAGCGAACGCAAGCAAAAGCGCAAAGGCAUGGCGCGGACGUUUUUCGGCGGCGACGACUAG